GUGUUUACGUAGCGAGGAGACAUUCAGGUUUCCAGAAGUCAGGUCACCGCAGGCCCCACCCAGCAGUGGAGAGAGUGAGUCCCAGAGGGGGUUGCCAGCGAGUUCCUCCUCCUUCCCCUUCCCGCUGUCCGCGAGCCUUGGGCUCCCAGAGGCGUAUGACGCCAGCGCCCUCUGACCCUACCUCUGACCACAACAAAUCCCUACUCCACCCGUCUUUUUUGUCCCACCCUUGGUGACACAGAGCCCCAGCCCAGGCCCCGCCCAAAGCACUCAUUUAACUGUUAUUGCGGAGUCGCGAGGCGCUGCUUCUGCUCGCUGCACUCGCUCAGGCAGCUGGGCGUAGCUGCGACCAGGCGGAGUCCCGGCGGCGCGUACUUACUCUGACCUCGCGCGCCAUGACUGUCGCGCGGCCGAGCGUGCCCGCGGCGCUGCCCCUCCCCGGGGAGCUGCCCCGGCUGCUGCUGCUGCUGCUGCUGUGCCUGCCGGCCGUGUGGGCUGACUGUGGCCCUCCCCCAGCUGUACCUAAUGCCCAGCCAUCUUUGGAAGGCCGUACAAGUUUUCCCGAGGACACCAUAGUAACGUACAAAUGUGAUGAAAGCUUUAUGAAAAUUCCUGGCAAGCGGGACUCAGUGAUCUGCCUUCAGAACAGUCAGUGGUCAGAUAUUGAAGAGUUCUGCAAUCGUAGCUGCGAUGCGCCAACCAGGCUAAAUUUUGCAUCCCUCAAACAGCUUUAUAUCACUCAGAAUUAUUUUCCAGUCGGUACUGUUGUGGAAUAUGAGUGUCGUCCAGGUUACAGAAGAGACCCUUCUCUAUUAGCAAAACUAACUUGCCUUCAGAAUUUAAAAUGGUCCACAGCAGCUGAAUUUUGUAAAAAGAAAUCAUGCCCUAAUCCUGGAGAAAUACCAAAUGGUCAGAUCAAUGUACCAGAUGGCAUAUUAUUUGGUGCAACCAUCUCCUUCUCAUGUAACACAGGGUACAAAUUAUUUGGCCCGACUACUAGUUUAUGUCUUACUUUAGACAGUGGAAUCCAGUGGAGUGACCCGUUGCCAGAGUGCAGAGAAAUUUAUUGUCCAGCACCACCACAAAUUGACAAUGGAAUAAUUCAAGGGGAACGUGAACAUUAUGGAUAUAGACAGUCUAUAACGUAUUUAUGUAAUAGAGGAUUCACCAUGAUUGGAGAGCACUCUAUUUAUUGUACUGUGAAUGACGAUGAAGGAGAGUGGAGUGGCCCACCACCUGAAUGUAGAGCAAACUCUGUAGCUUCCAAGGCCCCACCAACAGUUCAGAAACCUACCACAGUAAAUGUUCGAACUACAGAAGUCUCACCAACUUCUCAGAAAACCACCACGACACAAACCACCACCCCAAAUGCUCCAGCAACACGGAGUACACCUGCUUCCAGGACAACCAAGCAUUUUCAUGAAACAACCCCAGAUAAAGGAAGUGGAACCAGUUCAGGUACUACCCAUCUUCUAUCUGGGUCUCAUCCUGUCACCCAGGCUGGUAAGCGGUGGUGUGAUCAUAGCUCACUGCAGUCUCGAACUCCUGGGCUCAAGCGAUCCUUCCACUUCAGCCACCCAAGUAGCUGGUACUACAGGAAGAAAGACCAACUGAUGUUACAGAACUUUCCAAUUUGCCUUGUAAAUGAAGCGUGUGUUGUGAAUUUUAAAUCUGUUCUUCCAUUGGCUCUGUGGUACACGUGUUUCACGUUGACAGGUUUGCUUGGGACGCUAGUAACCAUGGGCUGGCUGACUUAGCCAAAGAAGAGUUAAGAAGAAAAUACACACAAGUAUACAGACUGUUUCUAGUUUCUUAGACUUAUCUGCAUAUUGGAUACAAUAAAUGCAAUUGUGCUUUUCAUUUAGGAUGCUUUCAUUGUCUUUAAGGUGUGUUAGGAAUGUCAACAAAGGAGAAAAAAGGCAGUCCCAGAAUCACAUUCUCAGCACACCUCUACCUCUUGAAAAUAGAACAACUUGCAGAAUUGAGAGUGAUUCCUUUCCUAAAAGUGUAAGAAAGCAUAGAGAUUUGUUCAUAUUUAGAAUGGGAACACGAGGAAAAGAGAAGAAAAGUGAUUUUUUUCCCACAAGAUCUGUAAUGUUAUUUCUACUUAUAAAGGAAAUAAAAAAUGAAAAACAUUUGGAUAUCAAAAGCAAAUGAAAACCCAAUUCAGUCUCUUUUAAGCAAAAUUGCUAAAGAGAGAUGAACCACAUUAUAAAGUAAUGUUUGACUGUAAGGCAUUUUCAUUUUUCCUUCAGGUUGGCAAAAUAUUUUAAAGGUAAAACAUGCUAGUGAGCCAGGGGUGUUGAUGGUGACAAGGGAGGAAUAUAGAAUGAAAGACUGAGUCUUCCUUUGUUGCACAAAUACAGUUUGGAAAAAGCCUGUGAAAGAUGUCUUCUUUGACCUAAUGUCUUUAAAAGUAUCCAGAGAUACUACAGUAUUCACAUAAGAAAAGAUUAUAUGUUAUUUCUAAAGUGAGAUGUCCAUAGUCAAAUUUGUAAAUCUUAUUCUUUUGUAAUAUUUAUUUAUAUUUAUUUAUGACAGUGAACAUACUGAUUUUACAUGUAAAACAAGAAAAGCUGAAGAUAUGUGAAGAAAAAUUUAUUUUCCCUAAAUAGAAAUAAAUGACUGAUCCCAUUUUUUGGU